GCGCGCCGGGCGCUGGCCGCAGCUGGCGGGCGCAUGUGGGGGCGCGCGGCGUGGAGGCGCUGCCCGCGAGGGCUUCGGCGCGGCCGGGAGGCGCUGCUGGUACUGCUGGCGUUGCUGGCCCUGGCCGGGCUGGGCUCGGUGCUGCGGGCGCGGCGCGGGGCCGGGACGGCCGAGCCAGGACUCCCACGCACCCCGCGCUCUGGGCGGCGAGACCCGGUUCUGCCGCGGCCGCCGGUGCGGGAGGACGCUCUGGGCGCGCGAGGCGAGGCAGUGCGGCUGCAGCUGCAGGGCGAAGAGCUGCGGCUGCAGGAGGAGAGCGUGCGGCUGCACCAGAUCAACAUCUACCUCAGCGACCGCAUCUCGCUGCACCGCCGCCUGCCCGAGCGCUGGAACCCUCUGUGCAAAGAGAAGAAAUACAAUUAUGAUCAAUUGCCCACGACAUCUGUCAUCAUAACAUUUUAUAAUGAAGCCUGGUCAACUCUCCUUCGGACAGUUUACAGUGUCCUCGAGACAUCCCCAGACACCCUGCUAGAAGAAGUUAUCCUUGUAGAUGACUACAGCGAUCGAGAGCACCUGAAGGAACGCCUGGCCUCCGAGCUGGCCCGGCUGCCCAAGGUCCGCCUGAUCCGCGCCAACAAGAGGGAGGGCCUGGUGCGGGCACGGCUGCUGGGGGCUUCCGCGGCCAAGGGCGACGUGCUGACCUUCCUGGACUGCCACUGCGAGUGCCACGAAGGGUGGCUGGAGCCGCUGCUGCAGAGGAUCCAUGAAGAGGAGUUGGCAGUGGUGUGCCCUGUGAUCGAUGUGAUCGACUGGAACACCUUCGAGUACCUGGGGAACGCUGGGGAGCCCCAGAUUGGCGGUUUCGACUGGAGGCUGGUGUUCACGUGGCACGUGGUUCCCGAGAGGGAGAGGAUCCGCAUGCGGUCUCCCAUCGAUGUCAUCAGGUCUCCAACCAUGGCUGGUGGGCUGUUUUCUGUGAGUAAGAAAUAUUUUGAAUACCUGGGGUCUUACGAUACAGGAAUGGAAGUUUGGGGCGGAGAAAACCUCGAAUUCUCAUUUAGAAUCUGGCAGUGCGGGGGGACCCUGGAGACACACCCGUGUUCGCACGUUGGCCACGUUUUCCCCAGGCAAGCUCCCUACUCCCGCAACAAGGCUCUGGCCAACAGUGUCCGCGCAGCUGAAGUGUGGAUGGAUGAAUUUAAAGAGCUCUACUACCAUCGCAACCCCCAGGCCCGCUUGGAACCCUUUGGGGAUGUGACAGAGAGGAGGCAGCUCCGUGCAAGGCUCCAGUGUAAGGACUUCAAGUGGUUCUUGAGUACCGUGUAUCCAGAACUGCACGUGCCUGAGGACAGGCCUGGCUUCUUUGGGAUGCUCCAGAACAAAGGACUAAAAGAUUACUGCUUUGACUAUAACCCUCCCAAUGAACACCAGAUCACAGGACAUCAGGUCAUUCUAUACCACUGUCAUGGGAUGGGUCAGAACCAGUUUUUCGAGUACACGUCCCAGAAUGAAAUACGCUAUAACACCCACCAGCCAGAAGGCUGCGUGGCGGUGGAGGCCGGAAUGGAUGUUCUCAUCAUGCAUCUUUGCGAGGGAGCCACCCCAGAGGAUCAGAAGUUCAUCUUGCAGGAGGAUGGUUCUUUAUUUCAUGUACAGUCCAAGAAAUGUGUUCAGGCUGAGAGGAAGGAAUUGAGCGACAGUUUUGUACCACUCUUACGAGACUGUACCAACUCAGAUCAUCAGAAAUGGUUCUUCAAGGAACACAUGGUAUGAAGUGUCACUGUACUACGGAGUCCACCUAGAGGAGAUGGGGGAGCCCCUGGACUCCGUGUUUAACAGACUUAGCUAAGCACAGAGACAGACACACCAAACACUUGGCUGCUCUUCUUUUCAUAAGGAAAUCAUUUUGUGAUUUGUGAAAGUGAUGUUGGCUUUAAUAAAAAUGUGAAUAAGCUUUGUACUGAUUUUGAAAACUUUAAAAUUGUUCCCAAAUACCCUGUUUUCAAAGGGUAGUCAUAAAAUGUUAACUCUAGGUAUUCAGAGAAUUAAAAGCUUUAACUAUUUUUCUAUCAA